AUGGCGGAAGCGCUGGUUGGAAAGGGGGAGGGGGGACCAGUCCGCUGGGAGCGGCUUCCGCAGGUGCCAUUGGCGGAGCGGAGAAGGCAGGCAAAGGGGGAGCGCGCGUGGGGGGUAGAUGGCGCUGGGGGGGAGCAGCGCACUUGGGGGGAGGAGCGCCAGCGGGAGGACCAGCGCAAUAGGGGGGAGCAGCGGGAGCGCAUUGCGCCAAUGGCGGGGGAGGAUGUGCGCCCGUGGCAGCGGGAGGGGGAGGGGGAGAUGGGCGAGGGGGAGUGGAGGAUACGCCAACAAUGGCGGAGAGGGGAGGAGGGGAGAAUGCGCCAACAGGAACGAGGGGAGGAAGGGGGGCGCGUGUGGUGGGAGGAGGAUGCGGAGGUUGGGGCGGAGGGGGGAAUGCGCCCUCGGGGAAGGGUGGAGAGGGGGAGAGGGCAAGGGGGAACAGCAAGGGGCGGUAGUGAAGGGGUUAGAGGGGGAAGGAUGAAGCAAGAGGAGACACUGGAGGGAUUGACAGUGGAAGGGAGGGAGGAAGAGGGAGAGGAAGGGGAAGAAGGCUGGAUGUGGUGGGAAGAAGGGGGGCUAUAUCGGCGAGGUAGGGGAGGAGGGAGGGAAGGCGGAGGGGGGGGGAGGCGGAGGGAGGGACGAAGGAGAGCGGAGAGAAGAAUUCCUCCCCUCGUCCGCCUUGCUGUGUCUCCUUCAUUUUUAUUCCCCUCUUCUCUCAACAUGCAUGUCCCUCCCUUCCUCUCCCUCCCUUCCUCUCCCUCCCUUCCUCUCCCUCCCUUCCUCUCCCUCCCUUCCUCUCCCUCCCUUCCUCUCCCUCCCUUCCUCUCCCUCCCUUCCUCUCCCUCCCUUCCUCUCCCUCCCUUCCUCUCCCUCCCUUCCUCUCCCUCCCUUCCUCUCCCUCCCUUCCUCUCCCUCCCUUCCUCUCCCUCCCUUCCUCUCCCUCCCUUCCUCUCCCUCCCUUCCUCUCCCUCCCUUCCUCUCCCUCCCUUCCUCUCCCUCCCUUCCUCUCCUCCCUUCCUCUCCCUCCCUUCCUCUCCCUCCCUUCCUCUCCCUCCCUUCCUCUCCCUCCCUUCCUCUCCCUCCCUUCCUCUCCCUCCCUUCCUCUCCCUCCCUUCCUCUCCCUCCCUUCCUCUCCCUCCCUUCCUCUCCCUCCCUUCCUCUCCCUCCCUUCCUCUCCCUCCCUUCCUCUCCUCUCCCUUCCUCUCCCUCCCUUCCUCUCCCUCCCUUCCUCUCCCUCCCUUCCUCUCCCUCCCUUCCUCUCCCUCCCUUCCUCUCCCUCCCUUCCUCUCCCUCCCUUCCUCUCCCUCCCUUCCUCUCCCUCCCUUCCUCUCCCUCCUUCCUCUCCCUCCCUUCCUCUCCCUCCCUUCCUCUCCCUCCCUUCCUCUCCCUCCCUUCCUCUCCCUCCCUUCCUCUCCCUCCCUUCCUCUCCCUCCCUUCCUCUCCCUCCCUUCCUCUCCCUCCCUUCCUCUCCCUCCCUUCCUCUCCCUCCCUUCUCCCUCCUUCCUCUCCCUCCCUUCCUCUCCCUCCCUUCCUCUCCCUCCCUUCCUCUCCCUCCCUUCCUCUCCCUCCCUUCCUCUCCCUCCCUUCCUCUCCCUCCCUUCCUCUCCCUCCCUUCCUCUCCCUCCCUUCCUCUCCCUCCCUUCCUCUCCCUCCCUUCCUCUCCCUCCCUUCCUCUCCCUCCCUUCCUCUCCCUCCCUUCCUCUCCCUCCCUUCCUCUCCCUCCCUUCCUCCCUUCCUCUCCCUCCCUUCCUCUCCCUCCCUUCCUCUCCCUCCCUUCCUCUCCUCCCUUCCUCUCCUCCCUUCCUCUCCCUCCCUUCCUCUCCCUCCCUUCCUCUCCCUCCCUUCCUCUCCCUCCCUUCCUCUCCCUCCCUUCCUCUCCCUCCCUUCCUCUCCCUCCCUUCCUCUCCCUCCCUUCCUCUCCCUCCCUUCCUCUCCCUCCCUUCCUCUCCCUCCCUUCCUCUCCCUCCCUUCCUCUCCCUCCCUUCCUCUCCCUCCCUUCCUCUCCCUCCCUUCCUCUCCCUCCCUUCCUCUCCCUCCCUUCCUCUCCCUCCCUUCCUCUCCCUCCCUUCCUCUCCCUCCCUUCCUCUCCCUCCCUUCCUCUCCCUCCCUUCCUCUCCCUCCCUUCCUCUCCCUCCCUUCCUCUCCCUCCCUUCCUCUCCCUCCCUUCCUCUCCCUCCCUUCCUCUUUCUUGUGCCAGGAGCUGAUCUCUUGGUCAAGACCAGUCCUGGCAGAGGGAAGACCGUGGCUUUUAUGGCUCAUUUCCAACCACUCCGACUCUCCCACUCGGCUGCUUGCUGGUGCCGGUACCCCAGUGAAAGUGCUGCUGGUGAGAGCAAGCCGAGAGAGUUGACUUUUGAGUCGACUCAAAAGCCAGUGAAAGUGCUGCUGAUUCCCUGCCUUUACAGGCUCGUUACAGACUUCUUCGACUCUCCCGCUCGGCCGCUUGCUGGUGCUGGUACCCCAGUGGAGGUGCUGCUGGUGUGCGCUAACAGAGAGAGGGCUGAGAGGGCUCUGGGGCAGGCGCAGCAGCUGAUGCAGCUGCUUCAGACGCCGCAGCCACAACAGGUGCAGGGGACUCCGCGAGGGCAGGAAGGAAUCGGGGAACUGGGAAGAAAGGAAGCAGCAAGAGGAGGAUUAGGGGACAGGAGGAGAGGAGGAGGAGUUAGGGGGAGGCGUGCUGACCGAAUGAAGGGCGUCAGGCAGGGGGGGGAGUCGGGAGUGGGGCCACAGGGAGUGGGGCGGCAAGUAGUGGGGGUGCAGAUGGUGGUUGGAGGGUUGAGUAUGGACGGUGAGGGGAGGCGGUUGCAGCAGGCGCCGUGUCAAGUGCUGGUGGCGACUCCUGCUCGGCUGUUGGAGCACCUGCAGCAGACCCAGGGCAUGCGGAACCGAGUGCAGCAGGUGAAGGUGAGUGCAGCAGGCGAAGAUGUAGAGCACGUCACUUGCUCAGCUGGUGGCAACUCCUGCUCAGCUGUUAGAGCACUUGCAGCAGACUUAGGGCAUGCGGAACAGAAUGCAGCCGCUGAAGGUGAGGAGGUAUGCAGUAGAGGAGGGGAAGGUGUGUUCGAGGACUUAGAGGGCGAGGACUUAGAGGGCGAGGACUUAGAGGGCGAGGACUUAGAGGGCGAGGACUUAGAGGGCGAGGACUUAGAGGGCGAGGACUUAGAGGGCGAGGACUUAGAGGGCGAGGACUUAGAGGGCGAGGACUUAGAGGGCGAGGACUUAGAGGGCGAGGACUUAGAGGGCGAGGACUUAGAGGGCGAGGACUUGCAGGACUACCCAUGA